AUGGCGGACAACGUUGACGACGCCGUCAAAAAUACUGGAGCGAUGGACACUGGAGCUGCUGCUACGACCACUGCCGCCGCUGCCAUCACCGAGAACGAAAAGGCGAAUGGAGAGCAGAAGGAUGGUGUGAUUAACUCCGGUGAAACAACAGGUAAAAAGACGGACCGAGUCGAGGCCGAGAAUGAAGUCAUUAAGGCUGCCGACGUCCCUGAGAAAGAGGUGCUCGAUGCGACCAACCUUGAUAGCACCACCGCCGAAGAGAAAGUAGUGAACAAGGAUGACGAAGACCAAGACCAGAACGAGAAGAAGCGCAAGGCAGACGUGAGCGUCUCAGCCCACGAUCGCGAGCGUGGCAACAACAAGCGCGGACGGGGUGGAGGGCGUGGAGGUCGCGGCAAUUACCACCAAGCAAAGAGUGCGAACAAGGCCAAAUUCGACGACCUCCCCGAGAGCGACGACCUCCUCGAGAUCUGCAGACAGGUGGACUUCUAUUUCUCCGACAGCAACCUCCCUAUCGACCAGUACCUCCUCGACGAGACUGGGGGCCACAAGAAUCGCCCCGUCCCACUCAAGACCAUCCACAACUUCAAACGCAUGCGUCAUUUCCAGCCCUACUCCGCCGUCCUCGACGCCAUCCGCUCCUCGCAAUUCCUCGACCUCAACGAACAGGAAGAAAUUACCCGCAAAGUCCCGCUCGACGAGAAGUUCACAAACGAUGCUAAUCACAACAAAUCGCUCCAGCACACCGCCAGCAUGGGCCGCAGUAUCUACGCCAAAGGUUUCGGUGACGAGGAUAAGACCACGCACCUCGACAUCGAAGCCUUCUUCGCUCCUUACGGCCCGGUCAACGCCGUGCGUCUGCGCCGCCACGACGACGGCGAGUUCAAGGGUUCCGUGUUCGUUGAAUUCGUGGAUGAGGAGUUGCAGAAGCAGUUCCUUGACCUUGACCCUAAGCCGCAGUUCAAGGAGGGCAAGGAUUUGCAGAUUAUGAGCAAGCAGGAGUAUGUUGAUGUCAAGCAUAAUGGGAUUUUGGAGGGGGCGGUGAAGCCGAGAGGGCCGAGGAAGGCGAGGGGUGGGGAUAGGGAGUUUAGGGAUAGACGUGGUGGGGGUGAUCGAGACCGUCGUGGUGGGGGAAGGGAUGGGUUGGACAAGGAUGAUUGGAAUGCUAGGCGUGAUCGGGAUCAGCGCGAUGACAGAGGGAGAGGUCGAGGUGGACGCGGUAGUAGGGGGAGAGGUGGGAGAGGUGGACGUGGCGGCAGGGGUGGCGAUCGCAGACGUGAUGAUGACCGUCGUCGUGGGAGGGAUGAUGAGGACCGGGAUCGCUCGCGUUCGCCUCCGGCUCGUCGGGAUGGAAAGGAGGAGGGUGGUGCUACUAAUGGUGGGGCUGAGAAGGAUGGGAACGCCGAGACUAAUGGGGAGAGCAAGAAGCGUGGUCGUGAGGAGGAUGAUGGUGGUGAGCGUGGUGGGGAGAGCAAGAAGGUCAAGGAGGAUGUUGCUGCUGAGGCGUAG